AUGGCAAUGGCUUAUAAGAAGCGUCAACAGAAACUUGAGCCCAUUUCAUUAGCAAUAGAUACAAAUGACGUUGCAGUGCAGCAACCUACUGAAACUGCACUGGGGCUCUCAAGUAGGAGUGACACUCAUUUUGAAAAUGAGAUAGAUGGAAUUGAAAAGUCAAGAAGAGGUCCCACUAUGUGUUAUAAAGUCCAUGGAAGAACUGAAGAUGAACGCUUGGAAAUUACUUUGAAUGAGCAUGGUCAACCUGUUGGUCCGGACGAUGAUACAUGCAAUGAGUUUAUUAGCUUCUUGGGAACAAUAGCUCGAAAGGCAAAUGUAUUACCAUUAACUAUUCCUAAGUGGCCAAAGUUAAGAAAUGAAAAGCAAGAUGAACUUUGGGGAUAUGUCACAAAACAUUACAUUGUCCCAAUUGAGGCUAAAAGAUGGGUUUUGCAAGCCAUUGGCGCUACUUGGAGACGAUACAAAUGUUAUUUGAAAAGAGUACACUUUCAUAAAUAUGACAAUGAUAAAAUGAGGUUGAUGGAUCCACCAAAACAGGUCCCAAAAACAAUGUUCAAGGAAUUGUUAAAGAUUUGGAAUGAUGAAAAAUAUGAGAAACGAUGUAUGCAAAAUAAAGCAAAUCGGUUAGUUGGAAAGGAAAAGAACAUUAUGCAUACUUCUGGACCAAAGAGUUUUGCUAGGGUUCGAUAUAAAUGGAAAAAGGAUAGAAAAACAACACAAAAUCCUACUCUAGCUCAAAUGUUCAUAGAAACACGCAAGGAAAAGCUCACAAAGCGGAAGCCCGGUGAUCUAAGGGACAAAUUGAUUAAUGAACUUCAAGAUUCAGAGAAGGAUGUUGAUAGUGUAAUUUCCACUAUUAUUGAUUCUGAUAACAAGAAAAAGUCUCAGAUAAACCUUUAUGGAAGGGGUGUUUCAUCAACUCAGUUAAAGAAGAAAUCUUUGAUGAAGGAAGUUGAAGAGAAGCAUGCUCGGGAGGUUGAAGCUCUACAAAAAGAUUAUGAGGAUAAAAGGCAACAAGAUAGAAGGGAGAUGGCAAAUGGUCUUAGCUCCUUCUUUUCUCAACUUCAGCAACAAAAUCCUCAAAUGUCUUUUGAUCUAAGCAUGUUUGGCUCUUUGUUUCUUGAGAGUCAAUCUGAGAAGGAUGGUAAUACAACAGGAAUGCUUUGA